AUAGAGGGCGCACUGCAUAAAUGGUGAGGGCCGGUGUUUUAGCUUUGGCCUUCAAAGUUCAAGUUUCAUAAUCAGAAAAAUAAACUUUUAAAUCGGGGUGUCGGCUAUAUGGAUAUGAUAAUUAAGGUUAUAAAUUUUCCAAUGGCAAUGGCGGAACCGGGCGAAGAAAACGUGGCUUCUGCGACCAAGGAUUGUAAAGUGUGCAUCAUUACCGGAGCCAACAGAGGCGUUGGUCUGAAGGCCACUGAGAAGUAUGCUGCAGCUGGAUACGAGGUCAUCAUGGCAUGUAGGGAUGAGACUAAAGCACAACAGGCAAUCAAGCUCAUCAAGGGAACUAACUCAGACGCCAAGUUGACGUUCAUGAAGCUGGACCUUGCUUCCCUGAAAUCAGUGCGCCAGUUUGUGGAGGACUUUCACGCCACGGCCAAACCCUUGCAUGUCCUGUGCAACAACGCUGGAAUGACGACAGGCUUCAGGAGUAGCGAGGUGUUCAAGACAGAGGACGGCUUCGAGGUCACGUUCGGAAUCAACCAUUUAGGUCAUUUCCUGUUGACUUUGCUCCUAUUGGACGACUUGAAGAAGACCGCAUCGGUGGCCAGUGAGGCCCGCGUUGUCGUGACAGCUUCCUCUCUCCAUGAUCCUAACAGUAAAGGUGUCAGAGGACCAAGUGCCCAUCUGGACUUUGACAAUCUUCAACUCAUGGAGGGCACGUUUGACGGUGCGCUAGCCUACAAGAACUCCAAGCUGGCCAAUGUUUCCUUCACCAAGGAGCUCGCAAGGAGACUAGGAGAAGGGUCAGGGGUCACGGUCAACGCCAUCUGCCCAGGGUUCAUCCCCUCGACCGGGUUGAACCGAAAUGAGAGCGGCAUGACAAGGUUUAUGUUGGGUACGUUACUGAGUCCCAUGUUCAAAUGGAAGGGAAUAACGAGGACUGAGGACCAGGGAGGGGAGUCAGUCUACCAUGCUGGAACCGACCCAAGCUUGAAAGGAAAAACCGGGGGCUACUACCGGGACUGCAAAGAAGAGGAGAGCUCGGCAGAGUCUAGUGAUGUCGAAGUGGCCAAGAAGUUGUGGGACGUCAGCGCUCAGAUGGUGCAGCUGGAGGAGGAUAAGAAUAUUUGAACGAAAGACCAAACAAACAAAUAAACAAACAAACAAACUGCCAAAGAAAGCUCAGUGAAGGCUCAGUGUGUAAAUAUUGAGGAUUGAUUCCGUGCAGGAAAAAAAGGAGCAAUAAUAUGAAAGCUUUGACAGAUUGUAAAAUUGAAAAAAAAAAAUGAGUGCUCCUAAUUUUUCUCAUUAUUUGGUGAAAUACAAACAUUCAACUGUAAAAACUUGCUUGUUGAGCCUUGAAGGACAAAAAAUGUGUGUAAAAGCCAAAAUGAUUUUUGUAAAAGCUAAACUUGUAUUCAUCUUUUAUCACAUAAAAAUUGUACUUUCUCGUGAAAAGAGGAUAAUUAUUAAGAUUUUUAGACGAAAGCACUUUGCAUGCGGCAGAUUCAUCUUUCAGAUACAAAUAGACACGAUACAUAUGACAGCAACUGCAGUUGAUGUGUUUUGGUGCCAUUUUCAUGCAUAAUUCUUACAUUUAUAAACCACUUAAAGUUCCAAGAAUUAUUUGUGAAUUUUUUUUUUUUUAAAUUGUGACCAAAGAAAGAGGCUAAACAAAAUAUGUAACAAUAGAUGUUAUCAUGCCCACUAUGCAGGGUGUAAAGGAGGCUGAAAAUAUUGUGUUUUACAAUUUUGAUACAUAAUAACAUGGAGCUAUUGCACCGAUCGAGUUCCUCAAAAUCUCAGAACAGAGACUCUUUUUUUUUGCAAUUGAAAGAUUUGAUAUUCUUGUGAUUGUAAAUAAUUCAUGAAACGGAUUUUUAGGCAGGAUUAAUUUUAUUAAUGUUAAGAGACACUUUUGGAUAAAAACUAUGAAAUCACUUUGGACAAAAAAAU